AAAGUUUUGGGAAAAAACACACAUACCUCCACAAAAUCCCAAUUCCCCAAUCACAAUUCCCACCAAAAAAAAAACCAUGAAACUCAACUAAAAAACCAGACCAAAACAACCAACCAACCAAACCCAAAAUGGCAUCAAUCAUCAUUCCUUCAACAUCCUCUGCUUUUUGCUCCAACAAGACAUCAUGUCACCAUAUCACAACAUAUAAACUCAAACCCACAUUGCUUUUACCAUCUUCUAUUAAUGGCAAACAACUUUCAAUCCAAUCAUCAGUCUCCAAGUUAAUUGGAACAUCAAGAAACUUUAGCUUCAAAUGUUCGGCAGUUGACUCAUCAGCUGUUGUUCCUUCAGCUCUUCUUUUCGACUGCGAUGGAGUGCUCGUUGAUACCGAGAAAGACGGCCAUCGUGUCUCGUUCAAUGACACGUUUGCAGAAAAAGAAUUGGGUGUAACAUGGGAUGUAGACUUGUAUGGUGAAUUGCUAAAAAUUGGUGGUGGAAAAGAAAGAAUGACAGCUUACUUCAACCAAACCGGUUGGCCAGAAAACGCGCCAAAAGGUGAACAAGAAAGGAAGGAGUUUAUAGCUUCACUUCACAAGCGAAAAACCGAGCUUUUUAUGGUCCUUAUUGAGAAGAAGUUGUUGCCUCUUCGUCCUGGAGUUGCAAAAUUGAUUGAUCAGGCUUUUGCAAAAGGUGUGCAAGUUGCCGUGUGCAGUACUUCUAAUGAAAAGGCGGUGUCUGCUAUAGUCUCAUUUCUUUUGGGACCUGAACGAGCGGCAAAGAUACAAAUAUUUGCAGGAGAUGUGGUUCCUCGUAAAAAGCCUGAUCCAGCGAUUUACAACUUAGCAGCCACCACAUUGGGCGUUGAACCUUCAAGGUGCGUGGUGGUCGAAGACAGUGGCAUAGGCCUUGCAGCUGCAAAAGCAGCUGGAAUGACAUGCAUUGUCACAAAAAGCGGUUACACAGCGGAUGAAGACUUUGCAAAUGCCGAUGCAGUUUUUGACUGCAUUGGGGAUCCACCAGAAGAGCAAUUUGAUCUUGCAUUCUGUAGCAGCCUUCUUCAAAAACAAUAUGCCUAGUUACUGAUAAGUUUGCUAAACAAAUCUACAAGUGUACAAGUGCCUGUUUUCCUACGGCAACAUUCUCGUUUCUUGUGUUCCUAAGAAAAAUGUACCAACACACUGAGGACUUAAAUCAGAGUUUACUAAAAGGGGAUGUGCAAAAAACUUGAGCAAGCUUUUUCAUACAAAUACGAUGGUGAUAGAAUUCAAUA